CUACCCCCUAACGCCCUCUGUCGUUUUCACACCAGCUGCAAUGGGCGGAAACGCCUUCGCCGUCCCCGCAGCGCGCCUCACCAUCCCCGAGUACGAAGCGCUGCGCCUGCACCUCCUCUUCCGCCUCGACGCGUUCGCGCCCGUCGACACGGCGCCCUACCUCUCCAACAAGGCGAGCCACGGCGACAUCGACGUCCUCUUGGGCUGGGACAAGGCCGGGUGGGAAAACGGCAAGGGGCGGGGCGAGGGCAAGGUAAACCUAAGCAGGGUCACCCGAGCAGAAAUGCUCGCAUCAGCCCUCCGUGCGGCUGGCGUCGCUGAUGUAACCCUUCUGUCGCCGGGCAACCAGCUCGCAACGUGGUGUGAUAUCGUCACCGCGCAUAUUGGGGGCACGCACUGGCUCCGCUUAGGCGGGCAGAUGAGCGUCGCUAUCCCCAUGCGUGUCGUGCGCGAGGCCCUUAGACUAUGGUCGUUCUUCGUGCCAGAGCUGCUUGACAUGGGACCACCCGCGCCAGUCACGACAAGCGAGGACAUAGACCGCGACGGUGCUGCACCGCUGCACACUUCCUCCUCAGAAACAUUCGAGACCGCCCCGACCUCUCCGGCUGGUAUCUCGCCGGCGCCGACACCGGGCUUCCCGCCGCCCACAGCCGCCCACCUCUCCCCGAACCACCCGUACGCGGAUCUUGUGCCGAACACCUUCGCGCAAGUCGACCUGCUCCUUCUCCCGCCCCCCGCCGUCCCCUUCCAGCGCUUCACGCACGCAUACGGCUCGACGAUGCUGCUGCUCUCGCAGCUCGUGCGCCGCGCCUCCUCCUGCCGCGACUUCGUGCUGCAAGGCCACUGCGCCGUCCUCCGCUGGGACCCGUACCCCGGCUGCCCAAAGGCCGAGGUACGGCUCACGCACAGCCCGGACGCGCUGUGCGCGUACCUCGGCCUGCGUUGGGACGCGUGGGAGGCGUCCAAGCCCGCGACGGAGGAAGACCUCUUCGCGUGGUUCGCGGACUGCGGCGCCGCCAGCCCCGCCGCGCGCGGGCUGCGCCAGAUGGCGCGCCACGGGCUCGUCGAGGGCACGUACACCCACCAGGGGAGGAGCCGCGUCGCCGUCCUGGAUGUGUUCGGGGCGUGGCUGCGCGAGCGCGGGUGGGGGCCCAGCACGCGGUCUCCGUCGCCUGCGAAGAGCGAGGGAAGUGAGGGCAGCGAGCGCACGGGCACGGGCACAGGCUCGGGCAAGGAGCAGGCCGCCGAGAGCCUCGCCGAGGCCAAGGACGGGCUGAAGCGCGCCACGCCCGAGUCCGAGACGGAGCCGCCCACGCCCAAGAAACCCAAGCCGCCGCAACCUGUCAAUGCCGUGCCGCCUAACCAGCCGCGUCCGCUGCCGAGUGCGCACGCCGCGAUCCUCCGGUACUGGGGUAAAGAGGAGGAGUACGUCGCGGCCGUACAGGCCAUCCGGCCGAUGGCAGCACUGCGCUGGGCCGGUGUGGAGAGGCGCAGGCUUGCCGACAUCCGAAAGGCCGAAGAGGCGACGAAGAAGGAACAAGCUGAGGCCGAGAGCGCUUCUGGUUGCGCAAACAUUUCUGCUGCAGCAUAA